GCGCCGAAAACGAGCCCGUCCGCCGUCUCAUCCCGGCUUUCCUCCGUUUCGCAGGUGAUUUCCCUCGAUCUCCGCUCCAGCCGGGCGGAGGGGAAGAAGCUCGACGGGCAGGAGGAAGGCGAGGAGGAGGAGGAGCUCCGUUACACCCAUAUUCUGAACCGGGUGCUCCCGCCCGACAUCCGGGUGCUGGCCUGGGCGCCCGGGGCGCCCGAUUUCUGCAUGAUGGCCGUCCUCUUCCUCAUCGGCCAGAGGAUGGAGAGCCCGGAGAUCAUCGACGAGCUGCUCGACGUGGAGAAGAACCCCCGAAAACCGCAGUACAGCAUGGCGGUCGAGUUUCCCCUCGUCCUGUACGACUGCGAGUUCGCAAACCUUCGGUGGCUCUAUGACCGAGAGGUGCAGGAGUUCAACGUCACCCACCUCCAGCAGCUCUGGGCCAACCACGCCGUCAAAACCCAAGUGCUGCGUAACAUGUUGGGAGGGUUGGACGCCGCUCCUGUGGCCGCCGGAAAAA